AUGGCAUCCACAACUACCUUCCUCAAUCUCCCAGCAGAGAUCCAUUUAAUGAUCUGCGAGUACCUUGACCCUGCAUCGGCAAUGGCAUUGAAAAAUGCAAACAAGUAUCUCCGGUCCGCUAUUACCGUCAAGGAUCCAAAGUAUUUCAAGUCGGAGGACUUCAACGUAUAUCAUAUGACACUGGAACUGUGGCCAGAGUACACAGACCACUUCUUCUGCUUUGAAUGUUGGAUAUUUCUGCCGGCUGACAACUUUACCGACGAGCAAAUCACGGGGAAGUGCGGGAAGAAGGGUUAUGCAGCGUCGAGGAGAUUCUGCAUCGCCUGCGGCACAAAUGGGGGAACAUACCAUCCUUAUGAGAACGCCCUCGAGGAUGACCAGAUGACAUAUUAUUACCGACGCGGGUGA